GGCGAUCUUCGACGGCUUUUAUUUUGAAACGAACGUCACCUUCGGGCAGACUCGGCAAAAUCCGCCAGCUUGACGUUGGUCAGUAAAAGCGACGUGAGUAGCAGCGUUUCGCAGAACAUUCGAGAGGUCCCCCUAAAACCCCCCGAGGACGUUCCGGAUCAGCUCCCCCUCGUCUCUGAGCCUGGCACCUGCACCGUUUGGACGCUUUAGGGUGUUUAACUGUGCAUCUUCGAGAGCCACACACUCUUUAAGAAGCCCUGCUGCAAUCAAUACAACACCAGCACCAGCCAUCGACCACCGUUCACUGCGGCGCUUGGACGAUCAGCGUUGUGUUUAUGUCUUUGUUUUGCGAAAACGAGCUGUUGCGCAGCCGUUGGAACCUGUGUGGUGGAAAUCUAGCCUUCAAGCAAGGAGCUUGCGGCCACAGCGGCACAACGUUUUUCAUGUCAGAGACCGAGCACGCUUGCAGUCGUUUAUGUCAUCCCCUCUUUUCCAGACAGAAGAUCCCGAAAAAUCCCCAACCAAGAUCCUUUUAUCUUACUGAUAGUGCUAACAUCCAGCCAAAAUGUCUGUCAACGUCAACCGCAGCGUGUCAGACCAGUUCUAUCGCUACAAGAUGCCCCGUCUGAUUGCCAAGGUGGAAGGCAAAGGGAAUGGAAUCAAGACGGUCAUUGUCAACAUGGUUGAUGUUGCAAAGGCUCUGAACAGGCCUCCAACAUACCCGACCAAGUUUUUUGGUUGUGAACUCGGCGCUCAGACCCAGUUUGAUACCAAAAACGAUCGUUACAUCGUCAACGGAUCCCACGAGGCGAACAAGCUGCAGGACAUGCUUGAUGGGUUCAUCAGAAAAUUUGUGCUGUGUACCGAGUGUGACAACCCUGAAACUGAUCUGCAUGUCAAUCCCAAGAAACAAACCAUUGGCACUUCCUGUAAGGCCUGUGGGAACCGCGGCAUGCUAGACACCAGACACAAACUCUGCACGUUCAUCCUUAAAAACCCACCAGAGAGCAACGAUAGUGGAUCCGCAUCUGUAAAGAAAGAGAAGGAGAAGAAGAACCGCAAGAAGGACAAGGAGAACGGCUCCGGCAGCGGCGAGGCUGGAAACCACGACAACUUUGACGCUCCUCAGGCUGUGGAUGGAGAUGAUGACGACGAGGACUGGGCGGAGGAGACGACGGAGGAGGCACAGCGGCGACGAAUGGAGGAGAUCAGCGACCACGCCAAGAACCUGACGCUGAGCGAGGACCUGGAGAAACCGCUGGAGGAGAGGGUCAACCUCUUCUACAACUUUGUCAAACAAAAGAAGGAGAGUGGAACCAUCGACGGAGCUGAUAAGGAGAUCCUGGCGGAGGCGGAGCGUCUGGAUGUGAAGGCCAUGGGUCCCCUCAUCCUCAGCGAGCUGCUCUUCAACGAGAACAUCCGCGACCAGAUCAAGAAGUACAAACGCCACUUCCUGCGAUUCUGCCACAACAACAAGAAGGCCCAGAAGUAUCUGAUGGGAGGCUUUGAGUGCGUGGUGAAGCUGCAUCAGGUGCAGCUGCUGCCCCGUGUUCCCAUCAUCCUCAAAGACCUGUACGACGCCGACCUGCUGGAGGAGGACGUCAUCUUCGCCUGGGCAGAGAAGGUUUCCAAGAAGUACGUCUCCAAGGAACUUGCCAAAGAGAUCCACGCCAAGGCUGCUCCGUUUGUCAAGUGGCUGAAGGAGGCCGAGGAGGAGAGCGAGGGCAGCGAGGAGGAGGAGGAGGAGGAAGAUGACGAGAACGUGGAGGUGGUUUAUUCAUCUUCGGCCCGCGAGCUCAAAGUGGAGACGGUGAAACCCGACACGCCCGAGAAGGAAGAGGACGACAUCGACAUCGACGCCAUCUGAGAGACGAAGAUGAUGAAGCUUUAGUUGUUGUGGCUCUGACCUCCAUGGCUGCCUCCCCUCCUCUACUUCCUGCCCCCUGACCCUCCUCUGCUUCGUGGCAUGACUUAACAUAGCGCUUUACUUGCUGCACAUUAACUCUGUGAUUGAUUCUCUUUUUUUUCUUUCUUUUUUUUUGAUGAGAUGAAGCCGCUCCUGGGGAUUUUAAUCAUGGGUUGUUCUGGGGAUCAUUUCGACUGCACAUUUUUUUUGGUCCCUGUAUUUUUCCAGUCAAUAAAGAAUGAAUGUUUUGCUAUCCACCACA